AUGUUCCAUCUGAAGAACAACUGUAUCACAGAAGGAGGUUGUCAUGUUCUGGCUGCAGCUCUAAAUUCAAACCCUUCAAAUCUGACAGAGCUGGAUCUGAGUGAGAAUAAACUAGGAAACCCAGGAAUGAAGAUCAUCUUGACUCUGUUUGAAAAUGUACAGUGUAGACUGGAAAAGCUGAAUCUGAAGAACAACUGUAUCACAGAAGGAGGUUGUCAUGUUCUGGCUGCAGCUCUAAAUUCAAACCCUUCAAAUCUGACAGAGCUGGAUCUGAGUGAGAAUAAACUAGGAAACCCAGGAAUGAAGAUCAUCUUGACUCUGUUUGAAAAUGUACAGUGUAGACUGGAAAAGCUGAAGUUAAACUGCAUCAGUAUUACAGAUGAAGGUUGUGCUGCUCUGGCAUCAGCGUUUAAUUCAAACCUCAGAGAGCUGGAUCUGAGCAGGAAUCAAAUAGGAGACUCUGGAGUGACAGAAAUCUCCAGUCUGCUGAGAAAUUCACAGACACUACAGAUGCUCAGUCUGAAGAACAACUGUAUCACAGAAGGAGGUUGUCAUGUUCUGGCUGCAGCUCUAAAUUCAAACCCUUCAAAUCUGACAGAGCUGGAUCUGAGUGAGAAUAAACUAGGAAACCCAGGAAUGAAGAUCAUCUUGACUCUGUUUGAAAAUGUACAGUGUAGACUGGAAAAGCUGAAUCUGAAGAACAACUGUAUCACAGAAGGAGGUUGUCAUGUUCUGGCUGCAGCUCUAAAUUCAAACCCUUCAAAUCUGACAGAGCUGGAUCUGAGUGAGAAUAAACUAGGAAACCCAGGAAUGAAGAUCAUCUUGACUCUGUUUGAAAAUGUACAGUGUAGACUGGAAAAGCUGAAGUUAAACUGCAUCAGUAUUACAGAUGAAGGUUGUGCUGCUCUGGCAUCAGUGUUUAAUUCAAACCUCAGAGAGCUGGAUCUGAGCAGGAAUCAAAUAGGAGACUCUGGAGUGACACAAAUCUCCAGUCUGCUGAGAAAUUCACAGACACUACAGAUGCUCAGUCUUUAUGUCUGUGACAUUACAGAUGUUUCUUCUUUAACUCAGUCUUUGACAAACACAAAAGCUCUGCAGUUUCUAAAAGAGCUUGAUCUGAGAGGUAAUGAGAUUGGAGACUCAAAGCAGAAGCUCAUUGAUGUGCUACGAGACUCAAACUGUAAACUGAGUUACGAUUUUGACAAGUGCAACCGCGAGGUCAGACUGAGCACCGUGGACAGUAAUGAAAGGGUCACGUACGACACAGCCGAGGAUCCUGAUCUGUUUUUCACAUACAAUCCGCCACCACCUCCCCACGUUGGUCCAUCUGGCACAGCAAAUUCUGAAAACGUCUCGGACACCGUCGACGGUUGCAUUGGGGUGAUCGGACAUAAGAUCAUUAAAGCUGUUGUUGCCAUAAUUCUGGAACAUCUGGUUGACAAACAGCUGAAGAAAGAUUGUUACGGAUGUCAGGGGGUUGUCGAUGGUGUUCUGUGUGACCUCAGAGAUGAGAUGUACAUAGUGGAAGGUCUGGCAGAACUCCGGACGAAACUUGUGGAUGAAACUUGCGAGCAGGCCAUUUACGAUGCUGUUGACAGCUGGAAGAAGAGUACACCUUCUGAUUCUGAUUAA